AUGGCAUCGUCCACUGAACAAGACAGCGGCCACUCUCUACAAGCCCAUAUGGAGCUUGUAGACUGGAUAAUCAGCCAAGGUGGCUCCCUCAAUGACUGUGUCCGUGUCGCGCAGGAUACCUCGCGCGGGGUCCACGUCCAAGUCAAGGGCGAUUGGCCCGAACACAUCAGCAAGGAAACCAAAGUGCUCAGCACACCCAUAGGCGUAACAAUGACUUACUUCAACGCCAUUGGAUUCCAGACCCCGCAAGCAACUUUCCCCAAACAUGGCGUCGAGCUGCCGCAGGCUUUUAUCGAUGCCGUGGCCGUUGAGGAGACCUUCACUUUCUUCCUGAUGGGCCAGUUCCUGCGUGGUCCGCAGGGCUUCUGGUAUCCGUAUUUGCGGACUUUGCCUCAGCCGGGAGAGUUGAAUACGCCGCUGUUCUUUGGGGAGGAGGAUGUGGAUUGGAUCCAGGGUACUGGUAUUCCCGAGGCGGCGGUGCAGAGGUAUCAGGUUUGGGAUGAGAGGUAUGAGCAGUGUGUGUCUAAGUUGGAGGAGGUUGGGUUUGAAGGGCUUGAGGAGUAUACGUGGGAUUUGUACUUGUGGGCUUCGACUAUUAUUUCCUCUCGAGCAUUCUCGCCCAAGGUUCUGUCUAGUGUUGUUGAGGCUUCCAAGCUUGCGGAAGAUAGUGGUGUGUCAGUACUUCUGCCACUUAUUGACCUUCCCAAUCACCGGCCGCUGGCCAAGGUUGAGUGGCGGGCAGGAACUUCAGAUAUUGGGAUGGUCGUUCUGGAGGAGGUCGGUCCAGGUCAUGAGAUUUCCAACAACUAUGGACCUCGAAACAACGAACAAUUACUCAUGAACUACGGCUUCUGUCUCCCGAACAACCCAACAGACUACCGCAUCGUCAAGCUGGGUGUGAAGCCAGACAGCCAUCUCAGCAAAGCCAAGAAACGUCAGGUGGAGAUGUUCCCCGAGGUGGCCAACAACAAGGAGGAUCAUUACUACAUCUUCAAUGUCUUCUACCCCCUUCUCGGACCUGAUACUGCUAUGGAGCACUCUAUCUUCUCACCAGCCCUUUUCAACUCCUUGACCAUCAUGCACGCCAACGAGCGCGAGCGCAAACAGAUCGAAAUCACCGAAUCGGCCAUAUCAAUCCCAGCAGCCUACGGAAAUGGCCACAGCACCCUGGCAGCUCUAUCACAGAUCAGCUUCGAGCUUAUCUCCCAUAUCAUGAUGCUUGAAGCUACUGGACAAGACCGUCAGCUGCAGCCUGCGAACCUGAAACAGACCUUUGCCCAGAUCUACCGCAACGGUCUGCUUACACUCGACAAGGCCGCGCUAGUCAUCGUUACAUGGACUCUUGCCCGGGCGCGAGAACAUACCCGCGGCGAAACCUGGGAGGAUAUCAAGACUCUCUUGAAUGAGCACAUGUCACAAAUUCCAGAGGGUCACUUCCCAGCCGAGACAUUAUCCAGAAUUCGUGUGCGCAUCUUGGAGCGGAAAUCAUUACUCAAGAAGCACGGAGAGCUGUUCCGACUGGGAGAGCUAUUUAGUCUACUACCGGCUGAUAUGCAGGCGGCGAGUCGGGAGUGCUUCAAUCAUGUGCUUUCACAAGCUGGUCAGCAGGUCUCAGCGUUGCAGACUGACCCGCAGGCCAUAUUUGCUCUGGCGAUUUGCUUGUUGAUUGCAACUGGGCGAUCGCCCCAAGCACGACCACACUUGUCUUCGCGGCUCACUCGAUGGGUGGACUUCUUGGUGGAGCAGUAUCCGAUGUCUGCUGUCCCGUCGGCCACUGGUGGAGCCAUGGAUCAAUUGAGCCAGUUUGUCCAGGGCAAUCAGGCACAGUCAUGGGCAGCUCAAGAUGGAGUGCAGUGGCUGUCUGAAGAAAGUGGAUGGCUGGAUUCGAAUUGGCUAGCCUGGUCGUUUAAUGUGGCCGAGGCUGAGAUGAUGUUGAUUCCCCACGAGCCGCUGCAGGUGUUAGUGACGGAGAAUCCGGGUUUGCCAAAGCUGGGAUGUUUCGCUCACGUAAUGGCGGAUCGUUCAGCAAGCGCAGGAAUUGCCGUUGAGCUCCCCCUUCCCUCUUCUCCAGAGAACCGAUUGAUCCUCUCCACGCCAUUGUCCCAAUCCGCCAUCAUGAUAUCUCGAGCGGCGGCUCCCUCCACCUCCACCCUCGUCUCCCUCUCGAGCCGCUCCCUCCGCGCCCAGGGGGCGGCCGCCCGCUCGUUCGCGACCGUGCAGGAGGCUCCUCCCGUCAGGCACUAUGGCGGGCUCCGGGACCAGGACCGCAUCUUCACCAACCUUUACGGUCACCACAGCCCCGACUUGAAGUCGUCUAUGAAGUAUGGUGGUGAUUGGCACCGGACGAAGGAUAUCGUGCUGAAGGGUGACGAUUGGCUCAUUUCUGAGAUCAAGGCCUCUGGUCUGCGUGGCCGUGGUGGUGCUGGUUUCCCCUCUGGACUGAAAUACUCGUUCAUGAACACCAAGGACUGGGACAAGGACCCCCGCCCCCGCUACCUGGUCAUCAACGCCGACGAGGGCGAGCCUGGUACCUGCAAGGACCGCGAGAUUAUGCGCAAGGACCCCCACAAGCUGAUCGAGGGUUGCUUGGUUGUCGGCCGCGCCAUGAACGCCAAUGCCGCCUACAUCUACAUCCGUGGCGAGUUCUAUCAGGAGGCUACCGUUCUGCAGCAGGCCAUCAACGAGGCCUAUGCUGCGGGCUACAUCGGCAAGAACGCCUGCGGCACCGGCUACGAUUUCGACGUCUACAUUCACCGCGGAAUGGGUGCCUACGUUUGCGGUGAGGAGACCUCGCUCAUCGAGUCCAUUGAGGGCAAGGCCGGCAAGCCCCGCCUGAAGCCUCCAUUCCCCGCUGCUGUCGGUCUGUUCGGUUGCCCCAGUACCGUCACCAAUGUUGAGACCGUCGCCGUUGUCCCCACCAUCGUCCGCCGCGGUGCCAGCUGGUUCUCGUCCUUCGGCCGUGAGCGUAACGCCGGUACCAAGCUGUUCUGUAUCUCCGGUCACGUCAACAACCCCGCCACCGUCGAGGAGGAAAUGUCCAUCCCUCUGCGCGACCUGAUUGAGAAGCACUGUGGUGGUGUACGUGGUGGCUGGGACAACCUGUUGGCUGUCAUCCCCGGUGGUUCUUCCACCCCCGUCAUCCCCAAGUCCGUCGCCGAUAACCAGCUCAUGGACUUCGACGCCCUGAAGGACUCGCAGUCCGGUCUGGGUACCGCGGCCGUCAUUGUCAUGGACAAGUCCACCGACAUCAUCCGCGCCAUCUCCCGUCUGUCCACCUUCUACAAGCACGAGUCCUGCGGUCAGUGCACCCCCUGUCGUGAGGGUAGCAAGUGGACCAUGCAGAUGAUGCAGCGCAUGGAGACCGGUAACGCUCGUGAGCGUGAGAUCGACAUGCUCCAGGAGCUCACUAAGCAGGUCGAGGGCCACACCAUCUGUGCUCUGGGUGAGGCCUUUGCCUGGCCUAUUCAGGGUCUGAUCCGCCACUUCCGUCCCGAACUGGAGGCUCGCAUCCGCCAGUACGAGAAGGAGAUUGGCGGUGCUCCCUUCGCUGGUGGCUGGAAGCCUGAAGCCCGUGCUGAGGGCAAGCUGAUCUCCCCUGGCAUGUAA